AUGAGCUUUCUUGCGCUCGAUGUUGAGUGUGCCGCCACCGGGCGAGGGCACAACGAUCGAGCGCCCUGCCGCGUGGCGGUGGUGGACUUCGAUGGCGGCACGCUGCUGGAUGAGAUGGUGGCUGUGCCAGGCAUGGUGAGCCCCCUGACCCCAAUCACGGGCCUGACCCGUGACCAGAUCCAGCGCGGCCGCCCGUACCACGACGUCGUGGCGGAUGUCAGGGCACUCCUCGGCCCUCAUGUGACCCUGGUUGGGCAAGCCCCCUUCGUUGACAUCGAAUGGUUGGGCCUUCAGGCCGGCGUGGACUACCGCCAAGCUGUGGACAUUGCCGAGCACUUCCGCACUUGGAAUGUCAAGUACGGGAAUUACGACUACUACUCCUUGGCCAUGGAAGUCUAUGCCCUUCUUGGGCUGCGCAUGACGACCUUAACCAAAAUGCUCCAGUCAUGGGAUCCUGUACUAUGCCGUCUUUGA